CCCUAGCUAGCACGUACUCCAGUAGACUGCGAUGGGCGCGCCGCCGACCAGGGAAUCCGAAGCCCGCGACGAGGAGGCGGAGGUGUCCCGAUCGGGUGAGCAAGGCGGCGGUGAGGCCUCUACGACGCAGCAGCAGCAGCAGCCGGUGCCUCUGCGCCACCAGCUGCUCGGCGCCUGCCGCGCCGACGAACGCCUCAGGCCCCUCCUCACUCUCAACCUCUCAUGCGGCGCCGCCGAGGACCGCUUCAUCUCCCACCUCUCGCAGCACUUCGAGGCGUCCGAGGUCGGCUUGCUCUACAGGUGUCUCUGCGUUCCCCUCGUCGCUCUUCGCGUCGGCAAGGUCGACCGCCAUGGUCCUCUCCUCUGCCCAACGCCCAUCAGGUAAUUUGGGCGUGUGUCAUAAUCUCUGAUAUAUGAGGAAAGAGAAGAGGAAAGCUGAGCCUUGGUCUUCUUCCUUCAUCGAGCAUGUGCAUUAUCUUUGCUGGUGAUGAUGGUCAUUCGGAGCAACUAGCUCUCCUGAACAAUGACCAUGAAGUUUCAGAAGUUUGUGUUGAAGAAAUUUCAGCUGAUAAUACAGGACGAUCUUUCCUCAUCAGGAUUUCAGAAUCUAAAGUUUUUUACUAUUGGUGUGCUGAGAAGUCAAAGAAACACGGGAUGGACCUUCUUGCAAAGAUGAAAAAUCUACUGCAGGGAAGGCCAACACUCUCUGAUCUCACAGGCAUCUCAGAUUCACGACUGGAUGCUUUUGCCACUCAUCUACACGCUUAUCUUGUUGCAUCAAGUAUUGGAGAUGUUAAAUCGCUGGGAUCACUUAAUGACUUCCUGGGCGCUUCAAGCCCACAAGAUCAAUAUUUACAGCCCUCAUCAGUUGUUUCCAAGUCUUCACGCUUCUGCACCUCUGCAGCUAAUGCAGCAAAAGCAAGUUCUGUCUACCAAACUAGUCUGAGUCCCAGAUGUGGUGCUUUUAAAGAUGGAGUGCCAAGGAUGUCGUGUGCAAAGAUUGCUGGAAGAGACAAGCUGAAGCGACGUGGGGACUGGCUGAGCUCAUCAACUGGUCCUGAUGACGCAAAUCUUUUGACACCGAAGAUUGUUAGCUCUGAUUCUGCCAGUGAGAAGUGUGGUGGGGACUGUUCUGAAAACAGUGCUAAUUCACCUCCUCUAGACUUGCCUCUUUCAUUUCCCUUGUUGCCAUCUCUGUUUCCUCUUGCGACUCAAUAUCCACUUCCUAAGGAUUCUACAGAGCAACCAUUUAAGCCUUACUAUUGCUGGUGCCCACCAUGCCCAUCUUCUCUGCAGUACAGUGUAACCCCUCUGCAUAUGCCAGUUACAUCUGUAGAACCACUGCCCUUGCCGCCUUUGAGUUCUCUGCUAUCAAAUGAUCAGCCGCCGACUUCAACAGUUUCUGCAAAGAUGGAUACAACUGAUCUCCCGUCACUUAAUCUUCCAUCGAUACUGCGUGAUCCUUUACUUCACCUGCCGCUUCCUACUUCACCACUUGUAUCCUUGCAUGGUUCACAAGUUCCAACAUUCACACCAUUGAUGUCUGACCCCAUUGUGCAUGUCCCGGUCAUUGAUGUGUGUUCCUCUGGCCAGGCUUACCUGGUGAGUUGCGGGCCUUCUAUGUCUGCGACUGUUACCCUGCUCCCUAGCUUGAAGCCCCUGAUUCCAGAAACAGAAUCUUUGGUUGAGAGAAGCGCUAGGGAAACACUAAUGAGGCUUAUAGCCUCAACACCAUCUGCAAGUAAUCCCCAGCUGGUGAACAUUCUCCCUGCAGUCCUUACUGACGUGCCUGAAAUGAAUGUGAGGAAACAUCUUGGUGUCCAUCCAGGCGACAGGCUAAGCUCAUCUUGUAGCGUCGAUGUGAUUGGACCUGGGUUUGCCGUCACAGAGGAUGAUGCAUCUGUUGGAGAUGGGGCUCACGCAACUUUUGCGGAAUAUGAUGAUAUCGGCGAUCAGCAGCAUUUUCAGAGCAUGUAGGUGGUAGGUUGUCGACAAGGUACUCGUUGGUUGUCCAGAAUAUUUUGAAAGGCAGUUGUAUCUAUAUGGUAAUAGCUUAGCGUUGGGUUUACUUUUGUGACGCUCUGCGUACUGCCUAUUUGCUGUGAUGAUUUAGCUGCUCAGUCAAAAACCUCAUUAGGUUGGUCAAUGUAAUUAGCUGUUUGUAGUGUAUUCAUUCAUAAAACUAAAAGCAAACUACCCAGUUAAUUUGCUCGUGCGUUUCAAAGAUUGAAAUGUGGAAUGGUUAUGCACGUGCGUAGCUCAGCGUUUUUGCUUGAAGUUACUGUGGUAGAUUGGGGUUUUGAACCAAAUAUGAAUGAUCAAAUGCCUGAUGUAACCACACGUGGCAUUGUAAACCAUGCAAAUGUAAGGGCAAGCUAAUUGACUGACAGCUUUUAGUUCACAAAUAUCAGUAAGAUUUCCCUUUUUUUCAGUACAACUCCAAUUCAAUUGAAAUGUUUCCGAAUGGCUUUUCAAUGCAAAAAUAUUGUGCAAGUGCAAGCUAAUUGACAGCAUGUGGUUCAUCAAUAUAGGUCUUUCCAACACAACUCCAAUCUAAAUGUUUUUGAAUGACUCUAAAAUGCAAAAAAAAAAGAAGUGAAGAAUCUGUGGGAUUAAACCGUAGUACUUGUUAAAUAAUAAGAGACAUAAAUAACAAAAAAAAAGAGGGAUCAACGAAACCGUGAUGGAUUCGGUGGUACGUGUGUACUUGGUAUGGAUUCCGGUUGGGUGCGCGUCGAUUGAUUCAUUUGAUUGGUAGGUAUUAAUGCUAUAUAUAUCGCCGCCACCGCGUGCUUCGGUUACAUAUGCAGCUGGAGUAGUAGCAGCUCCGAUGGAGGCGACGACGACUGACGGCACGACGGACCACGCGGGGAAACCGGCGGUGAGGAGCAAGAGCGGGACGUGGAGGGCGUGCCCGUUCAUCCUGGGGAACGAGUGCUGCGAGCGCCUGGCCUACUACGGCAUGAGCGCCAACCUCGUCAACUACAUGGUCGAUCGCCUCCGCCAGGGCAACGCCGGCGCCGCCGCCAGCGUCAACAACUGGUCCGGCACAUGCUACGUCAUGCCCCUCGUCGGCGCCUUCCUCGCCGACGCCUACCUCGGUCGCUACCGCACCAUCGCCGCGUUCAUGGCGCUCUACAUCGUCGGCCUCGCGCUCCUCACCAUGAGCGCCUCCGUGCCAGGCAUGAAGCCGCCUAACUGCGCCACAAUAUCCGCCUCCUCGUGCGGGCCCUCCCCAGGCCAGAGCGCCGCCUUCUUCGUCGCGCUCUACCUCAUCGCCCUGGGCACCGGCGGGAUCAAGCCCUGCGUCUCCUCCUUCGGCGCCGACCAGUUCGACGACGCCGACCCACGCGAGCACCGGAGCAAGGCCUCCUUCUUCAACUGGUUCUACAUGUCCAUCAACGUCGGCGCCCUGGUGGCGUCGUCGGUGCUCGUCUGGGUGCAGAUGAACGUGGGCUGGGGGUGGGGCUUCGGCAUCCCGGCCGUGGCCAUGGCCGUGGCCGUCGCCAGCUUCCUCAUGGGGAGCAGCCUCUACAGGCACCAGAAGCCCGGGGGGAGCCCGCUCACCAGGAUGCUGCAGGUGGUCGUGGCCGCCGCCAGGAAGUCAAGGGUGGCGCUGCCCGCCGACGCCGCCGCGCUACUCUACGAGGGCGACAAGCUGGCCUGCGGGACGCGGCGGCUGGCUCACACGGAGCAGUUCAGGUGGCUGGACCGGGCUGCGGUGGUGACACCGACGACGGACAAGGACGACGACACCGGCAGCAGGUGGCGGCUGUGCCCGGUGACGCAGGUGGAGGAGCUCAAGGCGGUGGUGCGGCUGCUGCCGGUGUGGGCGAGCGGGAUCGUGAUGUCGGCGGUGUACGGGCAGAUGAGCACCAUGUUCGUGCUGCAGGGGAACACGCUGGACCCUCGCAUGGGCGCUACCUUCAAGAUCCCCUCGGCGUCGCUCUCCAUCUUCGACACCCUCGCCGUCCUCGCCUGGGUCCCCGUCUACGACCGCCUCAUCGUCCCCGCCGCCCGCCGCUUCACCGGCCACCCGCGCGGCUUCACGCAGCUCCAGCGCAUGGGCAUCGGCCUCCUCAUCUCCGUCUUCUCCAUGGUGGCCGCCGGGGUGCUGGAGGUGGUGCGCCUCCGCGUCGCCGCCGCCCACGGCAUGCUCGACUCCACCUCCUACCUGCCCAUCUCCAUCUUCUGGCAGGUGCAGUACUUCAUCAUCGGCGCCGCUGAGGUGUUCGCCUUCAUCGGCCAGAUCGACUUCUUCUACGACCAGGCGCCCGACGACAUGCGCAGCACGUGCACCGCGCUCUCGCUCACCUCCUCCGCGCUCGGCAACUACCUCAGCACGCUGCUCGUCGUCAUCGUCACCGCCGCAUCCACCAGGGGCGGCGGCCUCGGAUGGAUCCCCGACAACCUCAACCGCGGCCACCUCGACUACUUCUUCUGGCUGCUCGCCGCGCUCAGUGCUGUCAACUUCCUCGUCUACCUCUGGAUCGCCAACUGGUACAGGUGCAAGACAAUCACCACCACUGAAGCAGCCGCUCAGACUUGAGGGCCGGGACCCGGGAGAUUAUUACAAUCUGAAUCAAUUUCUCAGAACCAGUAUUAGUUACUGUUUUAUUACAACCUCGAAUCCCAAAUGCUACAACAUACAUACUGCUAUUUUCUGUCAUAGGCAUAACGUUUCUUACAGCAACUAGUAAUAUGUCAAAA